AUGCAGCCCCCUGCGGAGGCCCCCGAUGCCUUCGAUGACGCUUGGUCCACCGGUGGCGGCUAUGACGUCCCGGCGCAGAGUAGUGCUUCUAGAUCGUGGGAGCAGUCUGCAGCGCGAGACAGUGGACGAAGUGCGGAAGCAGUGGUGGCGAAGCCGGUGAUUCAGUAUGCAGCUCCGGGCAACUCGAAUUCUGGCAUGAAUCCGGCCUCAACCGUGGCGUUUAUGCUGAAUAUGGGCUACCCCCCGCCGCCCAUUGCGUUGGAACCGUUGAGAAGAUUGGUGGAGCAGGUCACAAUGGGACAUGGAAGCCAGUUGAAUUUGCACAAUGCAUUAUAUAUAACGGAUGAGAUCUCGCGGUCCCCGUACAGAAUCGCGCCUGCUGUCCUUUUUGUUCUACAACAAAGGCUACAUUCAAGCAAACCCGACCGGGUCUCGCUGGCGCUCGAACUACUGGAUAUGUGCGUCAAGAACUGUGGCCUGGAAUUCAUCAGACAUAUUAAUAAGGAAUUCAUGAAGUCCAUGAGUUCCGUCAUUAAAACCACUUCAUUCAAAGAACGCACUUUCACCGGCCAAAUGAAAAGACUUGAAAAAUACAUCACCGGCGCACCCACUACUUCCGGAGUAGCCACGGAUCCAAGAGUGCACAAACUUCGGCGAAUGUGUUUGGUGAUGAUUCAGAAUUGGUGCGAUGCUUUCGAAAUGUAUCCUAACCAGGUGGGCCCGAUCCUCGACGCUUAUCAAUCGCUGAAAAGAAAGGGCAUAAACUUCCCUCCCAAGGACCCCAGUCAGCGGUACAUGAUCAAGGACGGGGACCGCACUGCCCCUGCCGCUGCCUCUGCCGCUGGCACGGUCGAAGCGACCACCACUUGGGAUGAGGAAGGCUUUGGCAGCAAACCCAGGAUGGAGGCUUUCGGAAACGAUCCUCUGGAUGAUCAACUUCCGCUGACGGAGAAACAGUUUGCUCAGAUUGAGUCUAUGAUAAAUAUACUGCGGAUGGAGGUGCCAACUAGUGAGAAGGUGGAGGUAACUUUAGCUCGGUGUGAGUCGUUACGGACGCAGUUGGAGAGUGCGUACAGAGAGUUGAAUUCGCGUGUGCACAACAGCAGUUCGCGCAAGUUGCGUUGCAGUAACCCGGCGGUGACGCAGUUGAACGCGCUCAUGUCACUGGAUACGGAGUACAGAAAGCUGAAGGGUGUGCGGCUGUUGUUCGAUGCAAAUAAUACGCCUGCGACCACCGCGACGACCUCGGUCUCUCCCCUUAGUCGUCUGGCACCCGCUGCGAGCUCGCUGCCCGUCGUCUCGCCACCGCCACCCAAGAAGCCCGUGAACCUUUUGGACGACUUGCUCGACGAGGAGGAACGCCAACAGACUCCUGCACCGAUGGCUCCUCCGGCCACCCUUAUGGACCCCGCGUCUGUGCCAGUGGGUGUGGCAGCGCCUGUGCCAGCCAUGAGUAAGGCGCCCACGGGCGUGAGGAAGUCGGGAUCGCUGGAAAGUGCUGGUCCAGAGGAUGAACCAGACGAUUUCAACACGGAGGGCGAUUUUGGUGGGUGGGGCAAGGCGACGUCGAAAGAGUCCUUUUUGUUUUAA